AUGCCCAACCGAAUGUCCACCCCAGAACCUGGUUUCUCUGCCCGGAAACAAACUCGAACCGAAGAGCCUCGUACGCCGCCGCGCUCCGUACCAACAGUUCAGGCCACGGCCACGACUGUCUCGGUUACUCCCUUCAAAUCCAAGUCGUCUCGCAGUAUUGCCCUAGUAAAGAUGACCGUGGACGAACAGAAGGAGAUUAUUCGAAUUGAGCUCGAAGGAAACAGAGUCGAAGCAGAGUUCGAUUUCUGGAGCCAAGUCUACUCGGACGAGUCGGUUUCAGACGAAGCGACUGUCGAGAACUAUCUCCAAACAACCGCACUGUACUGCUGUACUUCCAAGCGGUGGACUGGGAUUCCCGCAAACGUGGCCGAGGAGAUAAAGCUCUACCCACCAGGCACGGCAAUCUUUCAGGAUAUUAUCCAGCACUUCGGCCAUGGUGAGCGCCGCCAGGUUUGGAACAUGUAUCAUUUCAGGUCGAAGAAAAAGGCCAAGGACGAUGACAACUAUGUUGAGCUGAGCAAGACCAAGACCGCGAUGUGCCAUUGCGAGCCCCAUGGAGCCGCUGCCUGUACCACACCCGACUUCGUUAUCACCGGAAGCGACCAGUACACUCCCCGCCUCACGCACGAUGUAGAAUGCCCCUUGUACGACGACACGCGGUGGCUGGCCGACGGGAAGCUGGACAAAAAUAUGUCAAGCGACCUGGGCGCAAUGACCACUCAGUUUGGCGUUUAUGCAAGGCAAAUCUUUAACGUUCAACCAAACCGAACCUUUGUCCGGAUCUUGGCGUUCAGCGAGAAGCACAUCCGACUGUUCCAUUUCGACCGGAGCGGCGUGAAGUACACCCCUCUGCUCGACUAUCACAAGAACCCAGUAGCCUUUGUCCGCACCGUCCUCAGCCUUCUUUCCGAACAUUCCAACCACUCCGGGUUCGAUCCAAGCAUCACCUACAGCAUCGAGGGUGAUGGGGACGGCAAGCACAAAGUGGGGUAUAUCAAGCUCAACAAAACCAAGUACAAGAUGCGACAGCUGGCACCGUCGUUCAAGACUUGGGACCUCAGUGGCCGUGGUACCACCUGCUGGAUUGUCGUGGGGAAAGUCGACGGCAAGAUGGAAGUGCUGCUGAUCAAGGACAGCUGGAUUUCGGUGGGGAGGCAGCCGGAGUAUCGCUAUCUCGAAGAUGCCGCUGCCGUCCCUGGCAUCGCCAAGCUUGUGGAAUGGGAAGAUUCUGUCGAAACGGCUGCUUUACGCCAUGAGCAAGAAGGGGCGAUGCCCAACAAUUUCCACAAUCGAGUCAAACGAAAGAUCGUUCAACUGUACUACGGACCCCAAAUCACCCGGUUUCUUACUCGCUUGGAACCCUUGAAAGCGCUUCACGAUACCGUUGGAACGCAUGAAAGCCUCGAAGACCACGACAUCUUGCAUCGGGAUAUCAGCACUAGCAACAUCCUCCUCAAUAGGAACCCAAGUUGCGAUCGAGAUGGCGUUAUAAUCGACCUCGACAUGGCUAUAAGGCCAUCAUCUGUGAAGGGGGCGUCCGCCGAUUGUAGAACUGGAACUCCCGAAACACAGUCCAUAAAUAUACUGGAUAGUUCAAGGAUGGGUGUGCCGACGCUCCGUCACUCCUACCUGGACGACUUGGAAUCUUUUUUCUGGGUCUUCUGCAUAAUUGUCACUGGCUACGACAGCAAGGGAAAGCGGGCCGAACCUACUCCUGCGUGUAUCCAAGGCUGGAGGAACGCAGAUCCUGAGCAUGCUGCUAACGCCAAAAGGGCCUUUCUCUUUGCACCCCCCUUAGCUCCCGUCGAUCCCACCUGGGGAAAACACGUUCAGCGGCUGUUCUGGGAUCUCCGCAGGUUCUUCAUGGGUAUGACCUCACUCGUUUCUGAUAUUGCCGCUGGGCGAUCGGAAAUGACGAUGGAGGAGCUCUUCAGCAAGCGCGUCGAACAUUAUAGGACUGUCCGCGGCUACAUCAAGAAAGCUAUCGACGCCAUCGAAGCGGAAACCCCUCCGGAAAAGCGACCAGCUCAAGACGUCUCACUGGAGGAACCUGAGCCCAAGCGUCGUCGCUCUGAGCGUCAGCGCUCCAAGCAGGCGGCAGCAGGGGCCCAGGCCGGUACCUCCACACCGACGACCGCCGCUGAUUCUCCUUAG